UUACUCACACUUGGAGGCGAAUCCUCCGACGACCACGCAGAGACUGUACGGAUUAUGGGUCCACCGAAAAGUGCUUACAUGUUCUCCCGCUUUUUUCUGUCAUCAUUCUUUUUCUUUUUCUUCUUUCAACUUUCAAGUAAUUUUGCAGUCAGUGUUAGGAAAAAAAAACAGUAUUUUAGAUUCGGAGUAGUCAGGCAAACCUCUCCUAUAUACAGGCCAGAGAGCAUAAUCGAGUAAAAUGUCAGAGACACUAGCCGCCGUCCCACUCAUUGGCUCCAUCCCACAAUUGCACGUGUCUUCCUCUCUCUUCUGUCACUCUUUCUAAGCCACAAUGCCGCGUCGACGCCGUGGCAGGCAACCUGACCCUCGCCGGGACCAGCCGUCUCCGGCAGCUCAUCAAGGCGGUGGUGGUGGACGAGGCGGAGAUGGAGGAGGAAGAGGCCACGUUGAUCCUUCAGGCUUCUCUCCGGCUCCUCCACCGACCGUUUCUUUUACGGUGGCUCCUCCUCCGGCUGCUUCUUUUCCGGCGUCUCCUUUUCCGACCGUAGCUCCAGCUGCCGUUUCUCCGGCUGGACCUCCUCUGCCAGCUCUAGCUUCAUGGGAUUCUUCUGAGGCGUCGAGCUCGGCUCGGCCACCGGUUUCAGAUUCGACCUCGGCGGCUGCUCUGAGCUGUGAAAUCGCGAAGAGGCCCGGGUGCGGAACCAUCGGAAAGAGAAUCGUUGUCCGAGCAAAUCAUUUUCUGGUGGAAGUCGCGGACAGAGAUCUCCAUCACUACGAUGUUUCCAUCACACCUGAGGUUACUUCACUGAAAAUCAACAGACUUAUAAUUAGCCAGCUGGUUAAGUUGUACAAGGAGUCACACUUGGGUAAGCGAAGUCCUGCAUAUGAUGGCUGGAAGAGACUCUAUACGGCAGGGCCAUUGCCGUUUAUGUCGAUGGACUUUGUUAUCAAGUUAAUUGACAAUAAUGUUCGUGCCUCCUCAUCUGGUUCAGUGAGAAAAGAACGUAAGUUCAUAGUGACAAUCAAGUUCGCUUCUAAGGUUGACAUUCAUCAUCUUCGACAGUUUUUGAGCGAUAGGCAGCUGGAUGCUCCAAGAGAAACCAUACGAGCUCUUACUGUGGUUCUUAGAGCGGUACCAUUACAGAUGUUCAACGUUAUGGGGUUGUCAUUUUUCCAUCCUCAGUUGGGUCAAACGGGUGAGCUGGGUAAUGGUAUAGAAUACUGGAGAGGGUAUUAUCAGUUUCUUCGUCCAACCCAAAUGGGACUUUCCCUUACUGUUGAUGUAUCAGCUCGGGCUUUCUAUGAACCAAUUCUUGUGACAGAGUUUGUUGCAAAAUAUUUUAAUUUCAAUUUUUCAAGGCAACUGCCUGAUCAAGAUCGUCUGAAGAUUAAAAAAGCACUGAGAGGAGUCCAAAUAGAGGUUACUCAUAGGGAGUGUUUCAAAAGUUACAAAGUCAGUGGGGUAACAACACAACCAACUAACCAGUUAACGUUUACUCUUGAUGACAAGAAAACAAAAAUGUCAGUUGCUCAAUAUUUUUGUGACAAAUAUAAUAUUGAGCUUCAGAAUGUGAAUCUGCCUGCCCUUCAAGCUGGGUGUGAUUCAAAACCUAUUUAUUUGCCAAUGGAGCUCUGUAAGAUUGCUACUGGACAGAGAUACUCCAAGAGAUUAAAUGACAGACAAGUAACUAAUCUAUUAAGAGCAAACUGUCAACGGCCUCAAGAAAGGGAAAAUAGUAUCAAGGAGAUGGUUAGGCGAACCAAUUUUGAUGGCAAUUCGAUUGUAAAUAAGGAGUUUGGAAUUCAAGUAAGGGAUGAACAUUCAUUGGUUGAUGCUCGAGUUUUGCCAUCUCCAAUGCUUUUAUAUCAUAACACAGGGAGCGAACAAACGGAACAACCUAGAAUGGGGCAGUGGAAUAUGAUAAACAAGAGAAUGAUCAACGGCGGUCGAGUGGAAUUUUGGACAUGUGUGAACUUCUCUAGGCAAGUGAACAGAGAUUUAGCAUUUGAAUUUUGUGACCAAUUGAUCGAUAUGUGCAACAGCAAAGGAAUGGUUUUUAACCCAAACCCUUUGCUUCCCAUACGUUCAGCUUAUUCUAUUCAAGUUGACAUGCCUCUCAGGGAUAUUCACAAGCAGUGUGUGGCGAAGUUUAAAGAAAUUGGACAGGCAGGAAAACAGCUUCAGCUAUUGAUAAUUAUUUUGCCUGACAUCAUGGGGUCGUAUGGGAAAAUUAAACAAGUCUGUGAAACAGAACUUGGAAUCGUUUCUCAGUGUUGUCAGCCCAAGCAAGCAUCAAAGCUUAGUAUGCAGUAUCUUGAAAAUGUGGCCCUCAAAAUCAAUGUGAAGGUUGGGGGACGUAACACUGUGUUGAAUGAUGCUAUUCAAAGAAAUAUUCCUCUUGUGACUGAUCGCCCUACAAUUAUAUUGGGUGCGGAUGUGAUACAUCCCCAGCUAGGAGAUUUCUCUUCUCCUUCAAUAGCAGCGGUAGUGGCUUCCAUGGAUUGGCCUGAGGUCGCCACGUACAGAGGAAUUUUCUCUGCACAACCUCAUCGUGAAGAAAUUAUCCUAGAUCUCUAUAAAUCAUUUCAGGAUCCUCAAAGGGGCUUAGUUCAUGAAGGAAUGCUUAGGGAACUACUUAUUGCAUUCAGAAAAUCAACUAAUCAUAAACCCCACAGGAUUAUAUUCUACAGAGAGGGUGUCAGUGAAGGCCAAUUCAGUCAAGUUCUGCUUUAUGAGAUUGACGCAAUAAGAAAGACUUUCUUCCAGGCCUGUCUCUCACUAGAGGAUGGAUAUCUACCGCCUGUUACUUUUGUGGUGGUGCAGAAAAGACAUCAUACACGGCUUUUUCCUGCAGAUCAUAGAAACCGUGAACAGACACACCGGAGUGGCAAUAUUCUUCCAGGUACUGUCGUCGAUACCAAGAUUUGCCAUCCAACGGGAUUUGACUUUUACCUCAACAGCCAUGCUGGAACGCAGGGAACUAGCCGGCCUGCACACUACCAUGUGUUGUAUGAUGAGAACGGAUUCAGUGCAGAUUCCUUACAGAUGUUGACAAACAAUUUAUGUUACACCCAUGCAAGGUGCACUCGAUCAGUUUCCAUAGUUCCUCCUGUGUAUUAUGCCCAUUUGGCAGCCGUUCGGGCACGUUAUUACAUUGAGGGCGAGGCAUCAGACAGCGGCUCUACAAGUGAGAGUGAUCAGGACAGAGUGGAGAUUCGGCCCCUUCCACUGGUCAAGGAUAAUGUGAAAGAUGUUAUGUUUUAUUGCUGAAUUAGUUGGCCCUUUCCGUUGCACUCUGUUUCGUUUGGUUGAUUACGCACAUAGUUAAGCCUAACUUUUUGGUAAUACGUGCUUUUCUUGCCUUUUGAUGCAUCGGAAUGAAAAUGGAGUACCUAAAUGGUAUGAUAUAGUUUUAUGUUGCCAAGGCUUUUAGAUUUUGAUUUUCUUUUUGGUAUUAUAUCUUCACAUUUGCGCAACUGGUUUUUAUACUUCACCUAGAAGGAAAGCUAAAUAUUCUUCCUGAGUAUGUUUUAUGUUUGAGCAAACUGUUGGCUUUGCCAUGUGCUUUUGAAUAUUCUUCUUGGUU